GCUGAUCAUCCAAGAUGGCGGCGCAGUGCAGGUGCGUCUGAGUGAAAGGCGGCUGUUCACUGUAAUAGGAUGCUGCAGCUGUUAUUGGUGCUCGUUGUAUGGGGGACUCCUAGUGGAGGAAUGCGAGGACCUCACCAUCCCCGGGGCCACUACCAUCACCAACCCCGCACAGACACUAAACUUACACAGGACACAGAGUUGCUCAGGGAUGUUGAGCACAUCAAAGAGGAUCUUGGCGACUGGGGCAUGUCUCAAGAGGAUGUUCACAAGCUCACUCCAGAGGAAAUGGACUUCCACUAUUUCAAGCUUCAUGACUUUGACAAUAACACAAAGCUGGAUGGACUGGAGAUCUUGCAAGCGAUCUAUCACACCGUACACAAGGAGAAGGAAGCACAAGCCAGCCAUGAUGAGGAGGGGAGUGGGGGGCACAGCCCAGACACACACUCAUCCGCUGAUGAUGAUCUUCCCUAUUUUAUCGAGCUGAUAGACCAAGUGCUAGCUGAAGAUGAUCAAGACAAUGAUGGAUACUUGAGCUAUAUAGAAUAUGUCAUUGGUCGGCAAAGAGAGCAAAGCAAACAAGAAUCUGCAAAACGAAGUAUUCACAACCAUGGAUAACCUGGAAACCGAACAACUUGUCUACAAAAUAUAUUUGGUACUUUUUCAACAUUUAAAAGCUUCUGUUGAGUAUUGGUUGGUUAAUAUUUUAGUAUGUUUUCGUAAUUUUUGGCAGAAAGUAUACUAUAAGAGACUUUUAGGAUAAGUAAUAGCUGUCUAAAAACUGAAUUUGAUCUAUUUACAAUGUUAUUAGAGAGCAAUUAAUUAAAUCUGCCUUAUCGAAAUUUACUACAAUUAAAAAAAAAACAUGUUAACUGGUACACUUUAUGGGCAUAUAUAAGUGGGAUCAGGGGGCUUAAGCUCCUUUGAAAUUUCGAAAGUCACACAAUGAAAUUGUACCCAGCAGCUAGAACACAUUUAUGAGGUUUUAAUUUUUCUAGAGGGAAAAUUCCUGACUCCAUAAUUUGGAGGAUACUUUAUUCCUCCUAAACAACCCAGUGUGCAGCCUACUACAAAAUAUUUUUUUAUAUACGUCACUGGUACAGUUAUAAAAAUUGUAUUUACUUAUUCUGUUACUUGUGUUACAUUUUUAUUCAUUAACCAUAAUUAAUUGUAUAAUUAAAACUGUUUUU